AUGUUAUGUUGCAGGUAUCCAAGUCCAGCUCCACUGUCUAGCUCACCAUUCACCACCAUCAACAACAACAAAAUCUUCUCCGACAAACAAACCCAUUUCCGACGAGUCACACACUCUCAAGCUGCAGCAAAUUACAUCACCAAAUCCGGCAUUCAAAUGGAUUCUGCUCCAAAAUCCGGCGAGCCCACUUUGGAAUUUCUCGCCAAGAAGCCUUACGCCCCGCCUUCAUGGGCAUCGCACCUCAAUCCCCUGCCUUCCCACAUCUUUUCACUGGGCCAUUUUCCGACUCCGAUUCACAAAUGGAACCUUCCAAAUCUGCCCAAGAACACCGAGGUCUAUCUCAAGCGUGACGAUCUUUCCGGAAUGCAAUUGAGUGGUAACAAGGUAAGGAAGCUUGAAUUCUUGAUGGCAGAUGCUGUGGAAAAAGGUGCCGAUUGCAUUAUAACUAUUGGAGGAAUACAAAGCAAUCAUUGUCGAGCUACUGCCGUGGCGGCCAGAUAUUUGAAUCUAGACUGUUAUCUUAUACUACGCACUUCAAAGGUUCUAGUUGACCAGGACCCUGGUUUGACUGGAAAUCUGUUAGUUGAACGUUUGGUUGGAGCUCAUAUAGACCUUGUUUCGAAAGAAGAGUAUGCUAGCGUUGGGAGUGUGGUCUGCGUGAAAUGA